CAUAGUUUUUCAACUUCCUCUCGAAUCAUUCCGACUGUGACAGGUUGCAAAGUGAACUUUGUAACCGUUCAAAGGCCAGCUCUGACGCCAGCUAGAAUGUCGACUGAGAUUAUAUUUUCCGGGACUUUGUCCAAGACAAAUCCUGAGAAUUCACCUGUACUCAUAGUGGGCCAAGUGAAGAAUCUGACAAGGAUUUCUUUUAACGAUGUGAAGUUAAAACUGGAACCUCGGGUGGAUGCAGAGACUUUCGAGAAGGCAGUUUCUGGUCUCCAUCCCUCACCAACAGAUUCUUGUCCGUUAUGGUUGAACAACGCUGCCGUGUCAGCUCUCCCUACUAAGUGUAGUCGUCACAACACACCCUCACGGGCACACGCCCUCUCCAAGGUUGUAAAGAGCUUUAUUGGCAAUGGCACCAGUGAAUAUGUUGUGAUUGUGUGUGAAAGAAGUGAUGUAUUGGCAUCUGGCUGUGCAGUGGCUCGCAUACUGCCAUUGUUCAAUGGUAAAUCCAAUGCCUCGACAGAAAAUCGUACUGUAACAGUUGAAUUCCUCCUUGUCGGUGAUGAAAGUGGGACACGAUUGACUGAUGAAGACCUUUCCUGUCUCUCAGCAGAAGCCAAGGGAGUUCGGCUUGCAGCAAAGAUCGUAGACAUUCCAUGCUCAGAAAUGCACACUGAUGAGUUUCUUAAAGAGAUCCAAAUUGUAGGUGAUGAGCUUGGUAUACAUCCAGUGGUUAUACGAGGAGAGGAUCUAGAUAAACAGGGAUUCGGAGGUAUAUAUACUGUGGGAAAGGCAGCAGUGAAUCCUCCUGCUCUGGCCGUCCUCAGUCACCAGCCAUCCGGGGCAACAAAGAGCAUUGCCUGGGUUGGGAAGGGUAUUGUGUUUGACACUGGUGGCCUCUGUAUCAAAACUAAGACAGGUAUGUGUGGGAUGAAGCGAGACUGCGGCGGGGCUGCUGGUAUCCUGGGAGCUUUCUAUGCUGCUGUCAAAAUGGGUUUCAGUGAGAACCUACAUGCUGUGUUCUGUCUAGCAGAAAACGCAGUAGCCUCUAAUGCAGCCCGACCAGAUGAUAUUUUCACCAUGUAUUCUGGCAGAACAGUAGAAAUGAACAACACUGAUGCAGAAGGACGUCUUGUCUUGGGAGAUGGAGUUGCUUAUGCAAGAAAAGAUCUGAAGGCUGACGUGGUUGUAGAUAUGGCGACAUUGACUGGUGCUCAGGGGAUAGCUACAGGGAAGUACCAUGCCUCCGUGGUCACCAAUAAUGAGGACAUUGAGCUGGCUAGUGUGAGAGCAGGAAAGGCCAGUGGUGACCUCGUCCAUCCCAUGCCUUACUCCCCAGAGCUCCACUACAGCGAGUUUGCCAGUGCUAUGGCCGAUAUGAAGAAUUCUGUUGCAGACAGGGGUAAUGCACAAGUAUCCUGUGCCGGCCUAUUCAUUGCCUCACACCUGGGAUUCGACUAUCCCGGCACUUGGCUUCACAUAGACAUGGCCUACCCUGUUUACAGUGGUGAGAGAGCGACAGGAUAUGGUGUUGCCUUACUGACCACUUUGUUUGGUCAGCUAUCCCAUAGUUCCUUGCUGCAACAGAUGGCACCGUCUAUAACACUGACGGAGGCAAUGGACACUGACCCAAUUGACUGUUCGGACAACAACAAGAAGAUGCGUCUCGGCUAGAACAACGGUCGUCACAGGAUGAAAAUACCUUAGGAUGCCCUCUCUUCAGUAAACUGUCUACUUUUUCAAGUUCUAUCCAUAUCUUGUUAGAGGCCAUCUUCAGGUUAUUUUCAUAUUUCAUUUUAAAUCCACCCUAGCUCAAUAAAAAGUUUCAGAGUGAUCUUGACUUGACAUUAAGGUUGGAUGCUAUUUAUUGUGAGAUGUGUCUCUUUGAACAUGAUGUGUAGUAGCAGUACUGUCAACUAUUUUUCUGGAACAGAACAAGAUAAAAAGGUUGAAAAUAGGAUAAGGUUGUUGAAAGCUCAGUAAUUGAAAAGUAAUAACAAAUAUUAAAAUUGAAUGUUAUAAAGAAAAAUAGUAUUUGUAGGUUUGCCCAGAUCAUAUAUUUUGAUUUGUUUUAACUAGGAAAACAUUAACAUACUGAUUUUUUGAUAUUUUACUGAAGUGGGCAAUUCAAAUGGAAGACCACGUUUUUUGCAGAUAUUUAUAUUGUUGGUUUUCUUAUAUUUUUUAUAUCAAACUGGUAUCUGUAUAUGAAAAAUUACCAUUUGUCCCAUAAGUUUACAAAGCUAAAGAAUUUUUCUUGUCAAUAAGUGCUAAAUAUAGCUGCAAUAUUUGUUGUUUGGUAAUUAUAAUGUGGUAUUUAUAAAGUUUUGAAUUGAAAUGACAUGUGCCAUUACUGUGUUGUGUGUAUGAAAAGGAGUCCUAGAGGGCUACAUAUAUUGUGUGAUGAUUCUUUUGCAUGACCAUAAUUGAUAUUGCAGCAAAGUUAUGACUAUAUCAGAAUCAGUGUCUACAUAUCAGCAAGUUGAACUUCUAGAUUUUCCAAGAUCAGGUUUUCAUAGAAUACUAAAAUAUUAAAAUAUAUUGUUUGGUUUAUUUAUAACAAUAUUUUAUUAUUUUUGAACACCAGUUGAAAUUUGAUAACUCUAUGUAAAUUAUGAAUAACUAAAUAAAUAAUCUUUAUUAACGUCGUGUACAGUGUCAACAAUAAACCUAAGCUUUGGAGAACUUUUAUUGCUAAUGGAACAAAUGUUGUUUUGGUGAUGGAGGAAAACACACGGGGAAAACCACCGUGCCAUCGGAGGGAUAACAACUAAACUUAUCAGACAUCACUCUAUUUUUCCGCCACCGCUGGGGAUCAAACCGAAAUUCUUGGGAGAGUUGGUUGUUUGAAGCUCACGCUUCAGCUUGAUUGCACACAUUAGUAAUGACUGUGCGCAUUAGCAUUGUAAACAUUAAACAUUAAACAUUGUAUAUAUAUAUAUAUGUAAAAAAAAAAUUAGGGAACACCAAGACUUCACUUUACCAAUAUAACUGAACUAUCUGUAUAAUUUAUCCAGCUAAAACCCCCCUCAACAGUAAGAUAGCUAAGCAGACAAGUUAGGUUGUUUGUGUUGUAACAGGGAGGUCGUGUAAUAAGUGCACUCCUCGAAUCAGGACAGGUGUGUGAAGAAUGCUUUGUGAAACAUGUUUAAAAUUAUGUUCUUUUUUCCUCAUUUCCUCAUUUCUUCAUUCAUGUGUGUUAGACAUACAUAGAAUUUUAUUUAAUAUAACUGUAUGAGUCUGAUGGACCUAAUACAAAGGCUGUGUCUUACAUAUUGGAGACUGCUUAUAUUUUGAAAACUAAAUGCCCAUUAUAUAUUGAACAUUGUACACCUUAGCAUUGCUAGGGUUAUAUUGUGUGUCAGCCUUAUGGUAAUUAGCUAUUGUCUCCAGUAAUCCUUACUUAGUAAAUUUUUCCUCAAAUUUUCAUUUACAGUUCUUAGUUAAGCUUGGUACACUUACCAUCAAUUAUGGUAAGCAUACCAACGUUACCAAGAAUGAGCAUUUUGUUUGUAAAUUAUUUUCAAUCUUCACAAUGUCAGAUUGUAUUGCAAAUAUGGUCACAAUUGUAGACAACAGUAACUUAAGAUAGAGUGUUCCAACAUAUUUCGCCUGUAUACAGGCCUUAAAAUGCUAUUGUACUGUUAAAUUUAUGUUAUUUCCUCAUUAUUCAUACAAAGAAAAUUACAGAAUGAAAACUUAUUUGGAAGCCAGAAUGGUUUUGUAAGGAUAUUAUAAUACACAAAUUAAGCAACUCCAAAAAUAAUCAAACUCCUUUCUAUGUUGGAGAUGCAACAAAGACCGAUGGGACAUGUACAGUCUACCUUAAUCUGAAAAAGUAUGUAACCUGUUUUAAUACAUGAAGAGCAAUGUUGAUUUGGUCAAUGCACAUACAUCAAAUUGAAAGAGAAUGGGAUAAAAAUGAUCUAAAAAUAAAUUAUAACCACUGAAUGA